CUCAAUUUAUGCUACGCAAACACAACAGAAAACAAAAACACUCUCGACUCUCAUAGUUACCAUUUCCUGAGCCUUUAACGGAAGACGGAGCAUAAACUAUUCGAAACCCUAAUCAACAGAAUUUGUGAUGGCUUCAAAACGAAUUAACAAGGAAUUGAAGGAUCUGCAGCGUGACCCUCCAGCUUCAUGCAGUGCUGGCCCACUUGCUGAUGAUAUGUUCCACUGGCAAGCAACAAUCAUGGGUCCAGCUGACAGCCCUUUUGCUGGUGGUGUGUUUCUUGUCUCAAUUCAUUUUCCACCAGAUUAUCCAUUCAAGCCACCGAAGGUUUCCUUCCGUACAAAGGUCUUCCAUCCCAACAUCAACAGCAAUGGAAGCAUUUGUCUUGACAUUCUCAAAGAGCAGUGGAGCCCUGCCCUUACUAUAUCCAAGGUCCUUUUGUCCAUCUGCUCACUGCUGACUGAUCCAAACCCAGAUGAUCCGCUGGUGCCUGAGAUUGCUCACAUGUACAAGACGGAUAGAGCCAAGUAUGAGGCUACUGCUCGAUCCUGGACCCAGAAAUAUGCAAUGGGGUAGGGUUCUGCGUCUACCUGAUGGCUAUAGCAUGCUUCAUCCUAUUAGCAAAUAAUAGAAAACUUCUUGCUCAGCUCUGCUGUCCUUGUUUUUGAACAUUAUAGUUAGGCUUUAUCUUGUCAUAAUGCGACCUUACUAAAAGUUCUAUACUAGUGUGAAAAACCUCAUGAAAAUUUGGCAAGCACUUUCCUUUAUCAUUUGUUAAUCCAUGAUAUAUUGAUUGUCCA